CUCGCUUAAUGACCUGCACAACAAUUUCUGUAGCAAAUUGAGCUUCCACAGGCGCCACACAGAGACGUCCUACCAUCACUAACAGCAAGCUCGUCGACCCCUAUAAUGGAGAGGCGGCCGGAGCAGGAGCUCGACCUUGAGCUCACCCUCCUCCACCCCGGCGCCUCGGCCGCGCCGGAUCAGGAGCCGCCCGGCUUCUUCCUCUGCACCUACUGCGACCGCAAGUUCUACACCUCGCAGGCGCUCGGCGGCCACCAGAACGCGCACAAGUACGAACGCACCCUCGCCAAGCGCCGCCGGGAGAUCGCCGCCGCCAUGCGCUUGCAUGCGCGGUCGGGUGCCCUGGUCGACCUCCCCGGGAGCGCUGGAGUAGCAAUCAACCUGCCUGCAGGAGCGGAACCUGCAGCUGCAGGGAGGGCGAGGAUGAACAUGUACACACACAAAGCUGCUCCGGAUCCGUCGUUGACCGGGCAGUCCGGCAGCAACCUGCUGCAGCACAGCAUAUGCAGCGGCUCGCCGGAGGGCGGCGUCGGGCGCGCCGACGAGCUGGACUUGUCCCUCAGGUUAUGAGGCGAUUGAGCCCAUGUCUGGCUCUAAUUCCCCGCACCUUUGUACCAAUUAUUCUGUGUGUGGCUUUACCUGUUUUGAUUUUGACAAGAUUGCCUGGUUUCUAUUCUCUCCUGCACCCCUCCUCAUCUUGCAUGUGGCAAUACAAACUCGGGCGGCUUUGCAUGCAUGCUCUCUAAAAGGUUUGGAUUGAUAAUUCUGAGCCCAUAAACUUCAAAGUCGGCAGUAGUGCUGCAUUCUCAUGUAAGUUUGGUUUCUGUCUCCUGGAAUUUCAUGUCAAGAAUUGAGGGCCAGUUCCUCAAGCUUACCCAGAGAGUAAUAAUUGAGGAGAUUUGA